AACAACCUCGGGAUGGACGUGACUGAACGAACACCCUGGCUCCUCGAUACUGUCUACUUCGGUUUUCGAUCCCUCGACUCUCUGAGCCUGUACUGCGACACCCUCCAGACAUGCGCCGCGGCCCUGCCCCUCCUCCUCGAGCCCUCAUCUCCAUCUGAACAAUCCCCAGGAGGCGACGCCAUAAUCCGCCACCUCCAAGCCACCGGCGCCUCCCCCUCCCUCCUCGACUUCACAUCCUCCGCCGCGCGUCACAUCUCCCACACGCACCUCACCUCCCUCUCCAUCCUCAACAGCCACCGCUCCCUCCACAGCCCUCUCAACGCCUACGACUCCCUGCUUCCCCUCUGCGCAUUCCCCAACCUCACCCACCUCGCAUACACAAAUACCGCCGACACCCCCGUCCCGCUCACCGGCCCGCAAAUAACCUCCCUCGCCGCGUCCUGGCCCCGCCUCGAAGACCUGACGAUCGCACCCAACAACGACCCCGCGCUGCCCUUCGCGCAGCUCAUGACGCUCUUCCACCUCUGCCCGCGCCUCUCCAGACUCGCGCUCGACACCGCGAUGCACGAGAACGACGUCAUGCUGCUGAGCGCGCACCCGGAGCUCGUCGUGCGCAACGCGCGCGUGCGCGUGCUGCAGAUGUGCACGACGCCGCCCUCCCCGCUCGACGUCGUUGUGCCCAUUCUGCGCAGGGCGGUGCCGGCGCUGAGGCAGGUGAGGCCGCCGAGGAAUUCAAGGAAUUCAGGGCUGUAUAAAAGGGUGUGGGACGAUGUGGUGCGGGCGGUGGUUGAGGCGGCGGGGGAGGAGUUGUGACGAGCUUGCCUCCUAGGGGUUUUUGUUGUCGUCGGUCUGUUCUACUUGCGCAGUGAAUUGAGGCGAUGAGAAGGCGGGGCCAACUGCAGCGUCCUAGCGCCAGCGGUUUACAUAAACAAGUACUAGGAGCACGUUUAUCUUCCUGGGCCCUCUUUACGCAAUAUGUGCGUUUAGUUCACCCACCUGUGGUGAUGCUGGGACGCUUGUCGCUAUUUAGAAUCCAGACGAUUAAACCAACAGGCGAACAUAACGUUCUUUCGCCAUCGCAGGACCAACGCUUCCCCGGUGCUUCUCCGUGUCGGUCGGGUAAGCGACCUCGCGCUGGCUGUCUUCGACUUCGGAGUGGUCACUGAUGUCACUCCUUGCCAAUGAUUUGACAAGUGUUUGCUCCAUAAAGAACUGUGUGAAGCCUUGUGAUCACGAAGUGAGUAAGCGCUAGCAUGCUUGCCGAGGACGCUCAGAAGCAUUCCCAAUCAAUUGGCCGGCGUAGAUCUUCUGCAUGUACACCCUUCUCCGCUAUCGAUCAGUGUACUCUAGACCUUGCUCAGCUCACUCAUCUUACUUCAAAAAACACUUCGUCCAAUCACCAUAAUGUCAGCACAAUCAACCACCAUCCCAGUCCUCAUCCUCGUCUUCCCCGAGUUCAACACGCUAGACGUGAACGGGCCCCUCGAGGUCCUCCGCAACACAUACCUCAAAACGCAGCCCACAAACUUCUCCAUCACCGUCGCCGCCGCAGACGAGCACACGACCGCCGGCGAAGACAUCAUCAUCAAACGACACAUCUCCCUCCCAGAAGCGCUCUCCAGCAUCUCCUCCUACUCGAUCCUCAUCGUCCCCGGCGCGAGCCCGAGCGCGAUCCUGCCACACCUCAAACCAGGCGACCCGCACUUCGCCGCGCUCCUGGACGUGUGCGAGGCGUUCAGCAGGCUGGGGCCGGUGGCGGACGGGACGGAGAGGACGUUGCUGAGCAUCUGCACGGGCGCGCUGAUGCUGGGGUACCAUGGGCUGUUCGACGGGUUGAGGGCGACGACGCAUUUUAUGGUGUUCGAUAAGCUGAGGGAGCUCUGCGCGGACUAUGCGGAGAGGAAUCCGGGCGCGAAGGGGACCGUCGUUGUGCCCCAAAGCGGGGGCGAGCCGGUACGGUGGGUCGAUGCAGGGUUGAACAACCAUGGGGUGAGGGUGGUCAGCGCGGGAGGGGUUAGUUGUGGGAUGGAUGCUACGCUGUUCGUUCUCAGUGAGAGACUCGGGCGGGCGACGGCGCUGAAAGUCGCUGGGGUUAUGGAGUACGCUUGGAGGGAGAACGUGUAGUAACCAAUCGUUCCAUGCUCAAAGCGAAUGAUCAAAGGCCUUCAAAGGCUCAAAC